AUGGCAGCAGAUGGAGAGAGUGCAGUGAAAUUUCCUACAUCUGAGGACAGGUAUGACUGCAUCCAUGAGAGGGACUUUACUGCUGAUCAUCUGCUCCAAUCUGACAUGAAGCUCAACAGAGAAUUGCCACUGGACUAUAGCUCGGCCUACCCACAGAGCAACACUGACGGCUUCAUAGAGGACGACUAUAGACUCUAUCAAGCAGCUGAGCAGGAGGAUGAUGAUGCCUGCAGCUCCUUGUGUGUAAAUGACGAUGAGAUUAUCGAUACUGCAAAUGAGUACCGAGCAGAUGUAGCGGAUUAUCACAGCCACCAGUUGAUUUACCAUGACCAUGAGUCUGAUUUGCAGUAUCAGGGAUCCCAAAGUCACUUUUAUGAAUCCAACUUUCACCAACCACAAGUCACCUCAAUUCAAGAUUCAGUUGACUUUAAAGAUCUCGCAGCUCAGAGGAAAUCUUCCCUCAGCACUGUCAGACCUGGAGAGACCAGCUGGAGACUUCACAACCAGAGGACCAGAUCACCAGGCACUCAAAGUGAGUCCAACCACAGACGAGGCCCACUGAUCCAGGGGGAAAGACGGCAGGAAGUAGACUGUGAUUUGGACUGUUCUGGGGCAUGUGAAGCUGCAGACAGUAGCAUCUUUGACUACUGCCAGACUAGUGAGAUAGAAUCAGACACGGAGACUGUGCGGAAGUCAACUGACGAGGGCAAUGGCGAGUCCGCUCGCUGGACAGCCGAGGUGAAGGAAGUGCAGCAGGAUGAGUUUGGUGAGAAGGGGUUCGUCACGCCCAUAGAGCUGUUCUGAGCAUGCCCAGUGGAGCCAGAGGUGCUGAGGUUGGAGAAGCGGUGGAAAUGGGAGAGACCAGAGUAUCACGGGCGACAGUGGGAUAGACUCUCCUCGGUGAGUAACUCUUUUACCUACUUUUUCUCAUGUUACUCAAAAUAACAGCUAAUGCAUGCUAAGGACCGAUCAACAG